ACGCCGCGCGGCGAUGGCGGCCUUCCCAAGCCCGCUCCUUCCCGGCCCGUUCCACGCGGGGCCGCCCAGGCGAGACGGCCCCGGGGGCGGCCUGAGGGCGGCCGGCUGGGGCCAGUGUGGGCAGUUGGGGGGGCUCUUCCUGGACCACCCGGAGGCCGCGUUCGGCGCCACGGCCCGCCUGCUGCACGAGCACGUCUACUUGGGAGACUCGCCGGGCCGGAGGAGAGCCGGAGGCGUCUGUGGCAUGACCCGCCUUCUCCGCGCCCUGGAAGACCGGACGGCAGCCGGCGGCCGUCCCGCUUUCAGUGCCAGGCGGCCCCUCUCCAGCGUCGCCUCCCUGUGCCGCGACUGGCUGUUUGAGCUGCCCCUGAAGCUAGUAGCGGAGUGGCUCCACGAGGAUCUGGCUGAGCGGUGGAGGCGCCUUUCCUUCGACGAGACCCCCACCGGCGGGGCCUUGGCGUGGCUGCCCGACGCCACCGCCUGCGGAGAGCCCACGCCCCGAGGCUGCCUGGUGUUCCCUGCUGGGGAGGCCAUGAACCAGCUCUGCUUCCAGGAUGUGGUCUUGAGGCCAGCGGCCCACAGCUCCCUGCGACCUCAAGCCCGGGGCUGCCCCGCACAAUUUGAGCUGAAUGGGGCAGUCCAGCAAGUUGCAGCCGUGCACCUGGAGGGCAGUGACUUCCUGGGGGUUCGCUCAGGCCAUUUCUGUGUGGCAUGGAGGCGGCAGCGUGGAAGGGCCCCCGUCCCUUUGCAGGUGGUUUGCACAGACGCCCCCUGUUCUUCCAUUGCAGUCAGCCCCCAUCUGCCUGGUGAGCUGUCCUUUUGCACCCUGGGAGGAGCACUGUACCUGUGGCACGUUGAGAUGGGGCUUCGACGGCUGCACCAGGAGGGCGACGGCAUGUUCUUCCGUGACCCUUCCCCUUGGCGCUGGAGCGAGUUCUCUGCCCACCCACGCGUGCUCACAUUUGCUGACCGCACGGGCCUGAAGGGUCUUGACCAGAGGGUGCCCUCUGGUGGCCACUUGGAGCUCUUCAAGGUCAGGGGUGAAGCAGAUUGCCAGCGUGGGGAGCGCCUGGUCCUCUCCAAGCACCUGGGCCAUUCAGAGCCCUUCCACCACUUAGUGGCCACACAGUUUUCAGUCUUCGUGCUGGACGAACGCUUCCCCCUGGUGCCUGUCCUGCGCUGGGAGCACAUGAUGCAGCAGCCGCCCAUCUACGCCCACCUCACGCCCGCAGGGGCUCCGCAGCACAGCCACAAGGUGCUCCUGGGCACCCACCGUUCCCAGGAGCUGCUCCUGCUACAGUACUCAGGCGGCCAUGGCCUCCCUUGCCAGCUACAAGGCGCGCCCCAGAAGCUGCCAUCCACCAAGGAGAGCCUGCCCUGCUUUCCAGCACAAGUGCCUGUCAGGCAGAGUGCCCUCAGCCAGCGUCUCUCAGUCCCCACAGCAGGUAUCGCAGCAGCCCUCGGCCAGCAGGACCGCACCCAGACGCUGCUUGUCUUCCAGCUUUCCGAGGCCGGAGACCUCUUCUACCAGCCACUGUUCUCACAGGCCAGCAGGGAGGAAGCCGGGGGGCAGGCACCCACUGGCUCAGCCCCAGAGGCCAGCUUUGGAGUUGCUGCAGUGGACGGGCCACGCCAGGACUCUGUUCGACCAGGCGGAGCAUCUCCGAGGACAGCUUGUACUCCCGCGGCCACAGCCCUCUAUCGGCGCUGGCUGAGGGCCUUUCUCAGGACUUGGAAGCGGCUCCCUGCGCUUGCCCAGGGCCAGCCAUGCCCUCCUGCUACGAUCAGCCAGAGCUGCCUCUUCACCCACCAAGAGAUGGGGGAGCCGGCAGGGGGCGUCCCCCCUCCUCCACAGCCCACCCACCAUCUGCGCGAAGCCAUGCAGGAACAGCGACUCCUCUGCUCCUGGGGGGAUGAGAGCAGGGCCCUCGUGCCCCCUGCCCCCCCGUCCCCCCCAGGUGAGCUUGGCCAGAGACUUGCAGCUGCCUGGGCUGGCAACUGGCAGGGCUGGUGGCUGGAGAAGCUGGGUGCCACGAAGGCCCGGCAGCAGCAGGUGCUGAGGGAGCGGCGGCAGCGGGCAAAGCGGCGUAGGGGGACCCGCAGCCUUUCCGGCAGCUUCACCUCCUCCACCAGCUACCAGUCAGACCUCAGUGACCGGUCGGGGGGUGGCAAACACCCUGCCCCUGGGUCCCCUCUGGCCUUACCCGCAGAGCCCACCCUCCAUGCUCCCCCCACGCCCCAGCCGGUGUCCCAGGAGAACUCGGAGCUGCUCUCCUCGCAGACCCUGCGCGCUCGUGGCAUCCCCCGGGAGCGCCGCCAGACCCUGCGCAGGUACCUGGCUGUGCUGGACGAGCCCCCUGAGCCACUGCCCGAGGGCGACCUGCCCGCCAGCCAGUUGUCAGCCCUGGGCAGCAGCCAGCGUGGCCCCCUGUCCUCCCAAGGCCCCCAACUGAAACGAGCCCGCAUGGGCUUCUGAGGGGGCGGCUGUCUGGGGACCGGCGCAUGUGAUGCUGAUUGUGAAUAAAGGACCUCUGUUUUGA